UACUAACUGUGACUGACACUGAAACUGAAAUAGACGUCAAAGCGCGGACAAAUCUGCUGCAGAUUUUUGUUGGGCUGUUUUAAUUCCUUUAUUAAUAUAUACCAACUACGGUUGGACUAAUAUAAAUAUUUAAAAACACCAUAACUUAAUAAAUACAUAGUUAUGCACACAGACUUAGCACCCCAUUUACACACUGCCGAAUGUAAUGUUUUCAUACGAAAGUUGAUGGACUGUCACACCGAGGUAGCAUCCAUUUAGAAAGUUCAUGGGAUAUUGCAAUGACUAUGAUCGGGAUAUGAGGAAAUGCUUGAAAGCUGAGCGCCUUGCAAGACAAAAAGCUAACUUGGAUGAUUCUCGCAGACGUCACGCUGAGAUCCGAGCCAGAAUAUUAGCUCAAGAAAAAGCUGCCCACUAAAAUAUAGAGAAAUUGCACCUAAGAGCAUUUAUUAACUAUACAAUACAAUGGAGACACCAACAGAGUUUAAGAUAUUAGAUUCAAUACCAGAUUUAAACAACUUGAAGUCAUUCACUGAUAGAUAUUUUAGUAAAAGAUAUAUUACAGAUAUUGAUGGGAUAAAGAAUAAUGAUAUUAUGAUAAUGUUCCACUCGAACAGGAUUGCUCUAUUGAGCCUGGCUCCAAGUCAUUUCUUUUUCAGUAAGGAUCAAGAGUACAAACUUAAUUUUACUGCAGGAAAGGUGGACAGGCUGAGAAAUGCUGUCAAAGGCAAGAGCAAGAAAGGAGGUCAGCUUCUGAACCCCAAGUCUGUAGUUUGCAAGAUAGAGUAUAAAGAUGGCACAAGUUUUGACGUGCCCUGUGGCAUGAAGGGUACACUAAUUGAAGUAAAUGAAGAGCUGGUGAAUCAACCGGAGCUUCUGAAGCAGUAUCCGGAUGCUGAUGGCUACAUUGCUAUUAUUCUGUCAAGUAUAGCUAUAUCUGAAGCCACUAAAAGUGAAUUAUUGACUCAUGAUGAGUAUUUAGAAGUAUUGAAUCGUUGUGAAACAAAAGAUUUAGAAUAGAGACUUUUUAAUGUA